CUUUCUUCUCCGUAAUCAUGUCCAUGCUCGAUAAAUUCCGCAAGGGUGCACAGAAAGCUGGUAUUCAGGCCACAGCUUUCGUCCAAGCCAGCUCAACCAAAGUCGCCAGCGGAUCCCGCGACUUUGUCCAAACGUUUUCACUGCCAGGAGAAGCGGAGAAGGCGGCGAAGAUUCUUAAUAGUUUCCUUGCCGAUCCCUCACACCCUGAAUCAGCUCUGAACUCUAUACCAAAGGCUGUUCUGCAACGAGCUCGAGGUCUUGCCAUCUUCCAAGUCCUCAAAGCCGGCUUCGUCUUUUCAGGAAAAGCCGGCUCAGGCCUCGUCAUCGCCCGACUGCCCGACGGCUCUUGGUCAGCCCCCUCAUGCAUCGCUACCGGAGGUCUUGGCUGGGGUUUACAGAUCGGAGCGGACAUCACCGACUUUGUCAUCGUCCUGAACAGCGAGGAUGCCGUGCGCGCAUUUUCGUUGGGCGGGAACGUCACCAUUGGCGGAAACAUCAGCGCUACUGCGGGUCCGAUUGGCACAGGGGGAAGUGUCCAAGCGUCAUUGGCCCACCCUGCACCUAUGUUCUCGUAUUCCAAGUCCAAAGGACUAUUCGCUGGCGUGUCGCUUGAAGGGACUGCGCUCAUUGAGAGGAAAGAUGCUAAUCGUGAUUUCUAUGGAUCGCCUGUACCCGCCAAGGACAUCUUGGGCGGUCGUGUGCCCCCUCCAGAGGUUGCAUCAAGACUAUAUGAAAUUAUCGAAGCUGCGGAGGGACUAGAUGAGUCUGGUUUGCCAGAGGCAGCGUAUGUACCAUCAACAACGGGCGGGCAUCUCGAUUCUACACAUGAUCAGAUGGUAUUUGAUGCUGAUAGCCAUUGAUGAAGGCAAGAUGAAGGGGUUAACGCAACACUUUAUGAUUAUUCAAAUGUCUCUCACUACCCUUUGUAUAUGCACCUAAAGUUAUGUGGAUGGGUAAUUCUGAUACGUCCCGGAAGAAAUAAUUACAAGAAACUAAGUUGUGUACAAUAAUUAUAAGUGAAGAACCAAGAGCCCAAGAUCACAAAUAUCUAUCCCAAAACCCAACAGUGCCAUUAUUACUCGCUGCAUCGGCAUCGAUGCCCAAAAGCUUGAUAACUAAAUUGUAGACUUCGACGUUCUGGAAGCGCUGCAUGAUGUACGUAUCGUCCGAAGUCGAAUGCCAAUCGUGCUUUGAGGAACGUCGGAAAGGAGCAUACUUGUUCCUUUUCUGGUGUUGCACCUUGGCCUCAAAAGAAAAGGGACCAUGAGCGACAAAGAUGGCCUGCAUUGAAAUCUCAUCGUUGUCGUAUCCGUGAUUCCCCUUUGACAUUCCAGUGUCUCCUUCAGCUUUUGUCGUCAACACGUAUCCAAUUUUUGGCACAACGUAGAUAGGCGCAAUCCGUUCGUUGUGCGCAAAAUGGUAACGUUCUGGCAUCGUAUCCUUCGUAUAAACAUCAAACUUUUCGGGGUUCUCAGCCGAGGCUUCCAGUAGUGCCGAGAGGUAAUGCGAUGCAUUGGCCUUUGGUUCAAACCGUAUACCCAUGGAAGGCCAACCAUCUUCGUGCUCAAUAUCAUUGAGGCCUUCUUCGCCAAGGAUGUCGUCCAUGUAUAUCAACUCGGGAUGACUUGUAUCCGUCAUCCCAUGGUCGCUGACAAACACAAUGUCAACAAUAUCGGUGAGGUUUCGAGCUUUCAGUGAUGUAUGCAGAUCCUUGGCAAAUACGUCAACUUCGACGAGAGUUUUGUUGACGAGUUUAGACGCAGGCCCCGUUUUGUGGCCAGCUUGGUCCAAGGAGGGCUCAUACGCCAUUAUCAGUUGUGGCCUCUGUUCCAGAGGCAGAUCGAUCCAAUGAAGAAUUUGAUCAAGCUUUUCGUUCAAGGGCACAUGAUCCUUCCAUGGAACGAAAUAGCUUGAUGAUGCUCCUGACGUCGUCUUGGGUGGACCAGGCCACAUCAAGUUGGCGGUGAUGACGCCAGCUUUUUCUGCUGUUUCCCACAUUGGCUCGCCACUCCACCACGAAGGAUUCCAGCAGGAUUUAACUUGGUUGUAAUGAAAUUCUUGUUUAGAUACAGGAUCCCAGAAGUUAUUCGCUACGAUCCCAUGAGAUUCAGCAUAGAGGCCUGUCAUCAAGGCCCAAUGAUUUGGGAAGGUAAGGGUUGGAAAUAUUGGUUUCAUCGCCUUCGCCCUAAGCCCCUGCUUGCUGAUAUCCAAUAAAUGAGGCGUUAGGCCGCGGUCAAGAUAGUCUGCCCGCAGGCCGUCGAUGGAAACGAUGAGUAC